UUAACCUCAGGAAGUGACGUUUUCGGAAGUUGACAAGGAGUUUGAUAUUUUUUUUUUUGACAAAGAUGGCUGAAGAGGAGAAUCCGGUAGCAGAAUUUGAAGAAAUCGACUUUCUGAAAGACCGGCAUGUUAUUUUUUUUCAGAGAUGUUUGCAAAUCUUACCGGAGAGGUACUCUUCGCUGGAAACCAGCAGGCUAACCAUUGUAUUUUUUGCACUUUCUGGCCUGGACAUGUUGAAUACCUUGGAUGUGGUGGAUAAGCCAAGCCUAAUAGAAUAUGUCUAUUCAUUACAAGUCCUUCCCACAGAAGAUAAGUCCAAUCUAGGACGCUGUGGAUUCAGAGGGUCUUCACAUCUGGGAAUUCCAUACAAUCCAUCUAAGGGUCCUGGAGUGAAUCACCCCUAUGACAGUGGCCAUGUUGCAAUGACCUAUACAGGUCUUGCUUGCCUGAUUAUCUUGGGAGAUGAUCUGAGUCGAGUGAAUAAAGAAGCAUGUUUGUCAGGACUAAAAGCACUCCAGCUGGAGGAUGGCAGUUUCUACGCUGUCCCAGAAGGAAGUGAGAAUGACAUGCGGUUUGUCUACUGUGCUGCCUGUAUAUGCUACAUGCUUGAUGACUGGUCAGGCAUGGAUAUCAAGAAAGCAAUAGAUUACAUCAGGAGAAGUAUGUCCUAUGACAAUGGUGUUUCACAAGGAGCGGGAUUGGAAUCACAUGGUGGAUCUACAUUCUGUGCCAUUGCUACCCUCUGUCUCAUGGGUAAACUUGAGGAGAUCUUCACAGAGAAAGAACUGAACAGGAUAAGAAGGUGGUGCAUUAUGAGGCAGCAAAAUGGUUUUCAUGGGCGGCCCAACAAACCUGUGGAUACAUGUUACUCUUUCUGGGUUGGAGCUACCCUUGAGCUGCUAGAAGUUUUCCAGUACACAAAUUUUGAAAAGAACCGGAACUACAUCUUGUCAACUCAGGACCGGCUUGUUGGUGGAUUUGCAAAAUGGCCGGACAGCCAUCCAGAUGCGCUGCAUGCAUAUUUUGGGAUCUGUGCUCUGUCUCUGAUUGGCGAGUACAACCUGCGUAAAGUGCACCCUGCUUUGAAUGUGAGCAGAAGGGCUUUUGAACAUCUUCAGCACCUGCAUCAGACAUGGAGAGCACAGAACAGUAACCCCCAUACAGAAUCUGUGCCCAUCUGCACAUGACACUUCGAUGGACUAAUGAGAACGAGAAAAUCUAAAUAAGAAAUGUAUUAGAGCAACAAUUUAAAAAGCCAUGUGUAACCAAGUGUGCAGUUCACUAGCGUUUGAUUUUGUUAUGUACCAAGUCAAUUACUGUGAAUAAUAAUAUCAGUAUUGCAAGGGUUAGUGGGUGGCAUGUUCAUAAUUGCUUGUGAUUGAAAUUAAGGAGUGAACAUUAUGAAUAACAUGUAUGCAACGUCUUUUAUAGGUUAAUGAAAGUGUACUGUAGGUAAAAAUGGCCUUUUGGUGACCUGACAAACUUAUUAGAUUCAUGGUCUGGAUCUUUCAUGACUUAAAGUUUUUAUGACCCAGGAAUAUAUAUUUUUUCAGGAUUCUUGAUCUACCUAAUUUUUCUGUAAAAGUUUCUGGCAGUUUAAUUUUGAGUCUGUUUUCAGACUUUCUGCCUUCAUACAUUUCUUAAGAGCAUUUUAGUUGUUUAAACAUUUGUGUCAAAAAUACUUUGCCAAACAUUUUCAUUUUUUGCAAACAAAAUAGGCUUAAAAACCUGAUUGUGUUCUCGAUCUAAAAAAAAAAAAAAUCUCAAUCCUGGAAGUUUGUCCCAAAGUCAUACCUUAUUUAUUUUUGUAAGCAAGCUUGGGUCACACAGCCUAGACAGCAUGCCAAGCUGAUUGACUUCAAUCACUCAUACAGUAUUUCACUGAGGCACUUAUACAGGAUGUUUUUGUUUCCAGCUCUUCCUAAAAUAACCUACGAUAACAAUAUAAAUGAUGUAUUUAAUGUUGAAUGUGCCUCAGCCAGAAAUAAUGACAUGCAUGCUACCCAAAGUAAAUCAUAAAGGGUUAGUCUGUAUUGCUACUGUUAGGCAUUUUUCCUAAUAGACAUGCAAAUGUUUUGCUCCAAUUAGUGGUAUGUAUAACAAACAUUAUUUUUUACCUAUUCUACAUCAAUGUAAAUUACUUUAGAAAAUUAGUAUAAACAAUAGGUUUUCAAACUAGUCUGUUUGUUUAAUAAAAAACUUCUAGUAAACUUUUGUAAGAAAUUAAGAGGCAAGCAUUUGUCAUAUCCAUUGAUUCUGAGUGUAUAUGUAGACUUAUCUUUAGAGAGUACUGACUGCAUGUAUUUAGAAAUCAGUCAGGGCCCAGCUGAGAUGCAGUAUAUUUUAACUCUGUAACAGUAGAAUGUUAAGAAUAUACUGUACAUUUAAAAAGGCUUUCUGAACUAUAGAAAAGUGGUUUCUUAUUUAAUGAACCACCCCCUAUAAUAUGAGAUUAUAUGAGCUUGUCAACCCAUUGCCAGGGGAAGCAGCAACCUUCAGUUUGACCUGUUUUAGAUAACAAAUAAUAAUAAUAAAAGAAUAUAUACAAAAUAUUGUACAUGGAUAUAUUACUAGCAAAGAACCGAAGUGUUCUCCUCCAAGAUCUUUGCAGCCAGCUUAUUUGAGCUGUGUGUGAUGUCAGUCAGCUGUCCAUGACUCGCUCUUGGCUGCACAGAUCUGCAAGAAUCUGCUUGAAUAAAACACCACCAUUGUCUUAAUGUUUGGCACACAAGGAUAUUCUUUGAUUGGUCUUACUUCCGUUCCAUUACCAGUGUUGUCCAGUAAUUAUUCAUUGCUGCAUUGCUUUAAAUUCAGGCUUUAUCAAUGAUGGAGACCACAAGCUUUGACAUCUUUUAUAGUGGGUACACAGAGUUGUAUUGUAUUAUUCUCUCAAUAAAGUUCCAUUACAGGUAGCAUCCAGUGAACUAUCAGUGCCACUGAAAAAAUAUCAAGGAUAUGAUCGUUUUCACAUGUCCAUUUUAUUUUAUGUUUCCCAACCAUUUGAUCUAAUAUGACAUCCCCUUAUCCACAAAAACUCCCAAUUGAAUUUGUGUAUUUCAGGAACUUUUUGAUAUAUUUAAAUAUUACAACCAAGAUCCCAUGUCGCAUGGAAAAAAUGGUCUGGUCUACAAAAAACAGUAAUGGUCUACAAAAAAGGAAAUGCAAAGUCAUAUGGUCUUCCCAUGGCAGCAGGCAUAAUCUUAAUGGAAUACAAGAUUCAGGGCACGGGUCAGAAGUAAAUGAACCAAUCAAUGUACAGGAAUCAAUGCACAAGAAUGUGUGUACCACUUGAGUCUUAAAGUGGUUCAAAUGUGUUUAAAGUGCAAAAGAUACACUAAAUCCCACCUUUUGUACUUCAGUUUAAAUCCUAGCCCAAUGAGUAAGUAGAAUGAACUUUGACAAUUCCUCCAUGUUGGACCUUGUUAUUUCAAUAAACGACAGUCACUGUACAUAUCUGCUUUUAUACAUUUUAUUGCUUCCAUGUUUGUUUCUAAUAAAGCUUGUGUGGCCUUACA